GUUAUGGGCGUGCGCAACUGCCUCGACGGCAAUAAUAUGUCAGGACAACGCAAUAACCCCCUUGAACUCGGGGAACAGCCCGAGCAACCACCUUUGGAGGCCCCAGGGGCAGCUGCCCCCGGUGCUGGGCCUGGCCCAGCCGAAGAGAUGGAGACCCCACCGCCUCACAGCGAGCCCAUCCCCAUCGAGACUGAAGGCGAAGCCUGUGGACCCCCAGAGAUCUCCAGACCCAACUUCCAGGACCUCAGCCAGGCCAUCAAGGAAGCCGGGGCCCAUGGAGGGUACAGCCCACCUCCCGAGGAAGCCAUGCCCUUCGAGGUCGAGCAGGCCAGCUUGGGAAGCUUCUGGCCUACCCUGGAGCAUCCUGGAGACACCAUUGGGACCAGUGCAGGCCUUGAGGCCUUCAGCCCACCGGUCAUGGAGCCCGGAGCCUCCCAUGAGGCCAUUCCAAGCCUGGGAAGCUACAGCCCUCCACCAGAAGAAGCUAUGCCUUUUGAGUUUGAGCAGCCUGACCAGGGAGACAACCAACCUCCCUUGCAGGUCUCAGACCUUGCUCCAGGAGGCCCAGGUUCGGUGGUCUUCAGGGCUCCUCCCGAGGAGCCCAGAGCCAUCAGACCUGCAAACGCAGGCAUCAGAGGAGGAUGCAGCCCUCCCCACGAGGAGGAUCUGCCAUUCGAGUUUGAUGGAGCAGCCUUGGGGGACGACAGCCCACCCCCUGGGCUCCCCCGAGCUAUCCCACCGAUCGACGGCGGUGGGGGCAGCCAGAUCACGACAGUCGCGGUCUCGAGUGCGAUCCUCCUCGCUCCCGCCGCGAACGAGCCCCCCCUCUGGGUCCCCGGCAUCAUCGGCAGCCCAUCUCGAGAGGCUGUCAGACCUCCUCCACACUUCGCGGGAGACAGCCCCCCGAUGGAGGUCUCCAGACCCCCGCGCGAGGUUGGCAGCGCCCCCGUUGGGGUCGAUGACGCUCCCGGCGACAUGGACAGCCCCCCAGUCGCGCUUGAUGAUCUGCGCAUCGAGGUCUCCAGAGCUCCCGUUGAGAGAGAGCAAGCAGAGGGAGAGAGACCCCCAGCUGAGGGAGAAGCAGCCGAGAUGGAGGGAGGCUCAGCCACCACUGCCGCGGAAGGAGGCAAGGUCCCCGAUCCCGGGGACGGAGCCCCUGCCGCCGCCACCGAGGCAGCACUGGCCGCUCCAGCCGCCGAGGCAGUCUCGGCUGCUCCAGACCCCCCAGCCGCUGGAGCAGCCCCUGCCGCCCCAGCCGCUUCUGUCGCUGGGGCAGCCCCGGCCGCUCUUGUCACCAGGGGAGCCCCUGUUGGCCGAGCGGCUCCUGUCCCCCGGGCAGCCACUGUCCCCCGGGCAGCCACUGUCCCCCGGGCAGCCUCCGUUCCCCGGGCCACUCCUAUCACCUGGGCAAACCCCGCCUCGGGAGCCCGACCCGAGAUCAGUUUCCUUAGACCCCCAAGCCCAGAGAUCCAGGCUGCCGAUCCGCCUGUUCCGCAGCCUCCGCGCGUAUCUGCCUGGCGGGGCAGGUCAGAGCCCAGCUGCUGUUACCUCUACAACGACCAGAUAUCGGUCAGCAGCGACAGCGGAGACGAAUCCGACGAUGGGACCUUCGGAUGCCGCCGCUGGUUUUCGUCCAAGCGAAACCGCCGCCGCCGAAAGCCCCGGCGCAACUUGCUCCACAACUUCCUCGUCCGGGUCUUCCGAGGCUGCGUCUUUGGAUCCGAGAGCCCCCAGUUCAGAGGCUCCUUCAGCCCCAAGGUCAAGAAGGUUGCCUUGGCGGAGAAGCGCAGACAAGACCGCAAGGAAAACGCGGGGAAGCGUGGCCAGAAGUGGUCCGAGAAGAGACACAGCCAGCUCACCAACAAGCAACUCCAGAACAAGAAGAUGGACAACUCGCAUACGCACCGCAUGCUGUUUCUAGUGGGGAAGUAUGUGCCCUUUGGGGGACAAACAUGGCGCGAUACAACACUUGAGGGUCGUUUCCAGCUGGACAAACCAGCGCCAGCGAUCGUAAGACCACGUCGCCGAGUCGUGGGGUGGGGGACGGCAAGAAAGGCGGGGGCUUCAGGUGCUGGAGAAUCUGGUAAAAGCACCAUUGUGAAGCAAAUGAGGAUCCUGCAUGUUAAUGGGUUUAAUGGAGAGGGCGGCGAAGAGGACCCGCAGGCUGCAAGGAGCAACAGCGAUGGUGAGAAGGCCACCAAAGUGCAGGACAUCAAAAACAACCUGAAAGAGGCCAUUGAAACCAUCGUGGCCGCCAUGAGCAACCUGGUGCCCCCUGUGGAGCUGGCCAACCCUGAGAACCAGUUCAGAGUGGAUUACAUUCUGAGCGUGAUGAACGUGCCGGACUUUGAUUUCCCUCCCGAAUUCUACGAGCAUGCCAAGGCUCUCUGGGAGGAUGAAGGGGUGCGUGCCUGCUAUGAGCGCUCCAACGAGUACCAGCUGAUUGACUGCGCCCAGUACUUCCUGGACAAGAUUGAUGUCAUCAAGCAGGAUGACUACGUGCCCAGCGACCAGGAUCUGCUUCGCUGCCGUGUCCUGACUUCUGGAAUCUUUGAGACCAAGUUCCAGGUGGACAAAGUCAACUUCCACAUGUUUGACGUGGGCGGCCAGCGCGAUGAACGCCGCAAAUGGAUCCAAUGCUUCAAUGAUGUGACUGCCAUCAUCUUCGUGGUUGCCAGCAGCAGCUACAACAUGGUCAUUCGGGAGGACAACCAGACCAACCGCCUGCAGGAGGCUCUGAACCUCUUCAAGAGCAUCUGGAACAACAGAUGGCUGCGCACCAUCUCUGUGAUUCUGUUCCUCAACAAGCAAGAUCUGCUGGCUGAGAAAGUCCUUGCUGGAAAAUCGAAGAUUGAGGACUACUUUCCAGAAUUUGCUCGCUACACUACUCCUGAGGAUGCGACUCCCGAGCCCGGAGAGGACCCACGCGUGACCCGGGCCAAGUACUUCAUUCGAGAUGAAUUUCUGAGAAUCAGCACUGCUAGUGGAGAUGGGCGCCACUACUGCUACCCUCACUUCACCUGCGCUGUGGACACCGAGAACAUCCGCCGUGUGUUCAACGACUGCCGUGACAUCAUCCAGCGCAUGCACCUCCGUCAGUAUGAGCUGCUCUAAGAAGGGAACCUCAAAAUUUAGUUAAGGCCUUAAGCACAGUUAAUUAAAAGUAAGAUAUAAUUGUACACGCAGUUGAUCACCCACCAUAGGGCAUGAUUAACAAAGCAACCUUUCCUUUCCCUCAAGUGAUUUUGCGAAACCCCCUUUACCCUACAGCUUGCUUAAAUAUUCUAAAUUUAGAAAGCUUAAGGCGGCCUAUAGAUUAAGGUUAAGAAAAAAAGGCCACAAAUGUUCCCUUCUCUCUUUAAGUAACUAAUAGCAGCAAACAGAAAUAAAUGAAAUAAAUGCAGCAAAUGAAAUAAAUAUCGUGUUGUGCAGCAUUAAAAAAAUCAAUAAAAAUUAAAUGUAAGCAAA